UCUGGUCAUUUCCAGUUCCAGGUUCUUCCUGCUCCAGCACCGAGCAGAGGGAGGAAAGAUGGCGGCGACCGAGGCUGACAGAGAUCCGUCCGCUUUAUGCUCGGAGUUCCUGGAUUUCUCCGCCAAAGACACCGCGUCGCGGUGGCUCGCAGCUGCCGACCUGCAGCAGGAAGUGUGCCGUCACCUGGCCAUAUACGUACCCAGAAUCUUUUGCUUGGGGCUGAGCAGCAGUGACAGAGAGGAGCAGAGGGAGGAGCUCGCUUGUCAGCUCCUCCUCCUUGCUCCACUGGAGUGGCUCCUUCUGGGGGGGGAGCCAGCAGCUGGCCUGGCGCUGCUGCAGGAGAACAACCAACCAUCAGCGCUUUGCGGGCACGUGUUUAAGGUGGGAGAGCCCACCUACUCCUGCAGGGAAUGUGCGGCCGACCCGACAUGUGUCCUCUGCAUGAAGUGUUUCUUGGGCAGCGUUCAUAAAGAGCAUCGAUACAGGGACCCCGUAGCUCAGCUACCCACUGACAUGGUCGGCCGUGCGUUCAGUGUCUUUUUCAUCAUCCUGAAGUAUGCCGUCGACCUGCUGACCUGGGAGCACGAGGACCUGCUCCCCGCAGGACUGCAGCCACCGGAGCGAAAGGACACCUACUACUGCAUGCUGUUCAAUGAUGAAGUGCACACGUACGAGCAGGUGAUCUACACGCUGCAGAAAGCUGUCAGCUGCAGCCAGAAGGAGGCCGUGAGCUUCGCCACUACGGUGGAUCGAGAUGGCAGGAAGUCUGUUCGGUAUGGAGACUUCCAGUUCUGUGAACAGGCCAAGUCCGUGAUUGUGAGAAACACCAGUCGUCAGUCAAAGCCUCUCCGGGUUCAGGUGAUGCACUCGUCUGUCGUUGCUCAUCAGUGUUUUGCUCUGAAGGCUCUGAGCUGGCUGGGUCAGAUCAUUCAGUACUCUGACGGCCUGAGGAGGAUCCUGUGUCAGGUAGGAUUGCAGAAAGGUCCAGAGGGAGAGAACUCCUCGCUUGUCGACCGACUGAUGCUCAACGACUCCAAGAUGUGGAAAGGAGCGAGGAACAUCUAUCACCAGCUACUCAUGAACAGCCUCCUCAUGGACCUCAAGUACAAGAAGAUCUUUGCCAUCCAAUUUGCCAAGAAUUACGAACGCUUGCAGAGCGACUAUGUGAAAGACGACCACGGCCGUGAGUUCUCCAUCACUGACCUGUCAGUGCAAAUGUUCACCGUACCAUCACUGGCCCGGAUGCUGAUGGUGGAGGAGAACCUGAUGACCACCAUCAUCAGGACCUUUGUGGAUCACCUCCGCCACAGAGACCCGCAGGGGCGCUUCCAGUUCGACCGCUACACCGCCCAGCAGGCCUUCAAGUUCGGGAGAGUCCAGAGCCUCAUUGGUGACCUCAAGUAUGUCCUGAUCAGCCCUCCGUCCAAGUGGAGCGAUCAGCUCAGACUCAAGUUUCUAGAAGGUUUCUACGCUUUUCUGGAGCUGCUCAAGUGCAUGCAGGGCAUGGACCCAGUGGUGAGACAGGUGGGGCAGCAUAUUGAGAUGGAGCCUGAGUGGGAGGCAGCGUUCACGCUGCAGAUGAAGCUGACAAACAUCAUCACGAUGAUCCAGGAAUGGUGCUCCACUGAUGAGCGUGUGCUGAUCGAGGCCUACAAGAAGUGUCUGAGCGCUCUCAGUCACUGUCAUAACAGCCUUCCAGAUGGUGAGCAGCCAAUCAGCUUGAGCCUGGCAGGCCACAGCGUGGAAACAUUCAGGUAUCAGGUGUCUCAGGAAAAAGUCUCCAUACACCUGCCGGUCUGCAGGCUGCUGGCAGGUCUGCACAUCCUCCUCAGCAGAACAGAGGUGGCGUCUCAUUUCCCUGAGCAGCUCCCAUUGGGUGAACUAAGCCCCCCCCUUCUGAUUGAACUCCCCCUCCGUUGCCUGGUGCUCUGUGCCCAGGUGCAUGCUGGGAUGUGGAGGAGGAACGGAUUCUCACUGAUUAAUCAGAUUUAUUAUUACCACAAUGUAAAGUGUCGAGUCGAGAUGUUCGACAAAGACAUCAUCAUGCUACAGGCAGGGGCGUCCAUGAUGGAUCCAAACCACUUCCUGAUGAUUGUUCUGAGUCGAUUUGAAGUGUUUCACGUUUUCAGCACCGCUGACAUCAGGAAAAGAUACAGAGAGGCCAACAAGGACCUGGUCCAGCAGAACACUCUCAUCGAGGAGAUGCUUCAUCUCAUCAUUAUGGUGGUCGGUGAGCGGUACGUGGCGGGCGUUGGCCAGGUGGAGCCCUACGAUGAGGUCAGAAGAGAAAUCAUCCACCUGCUGUCCAUCAGACCGAUGGCUCACAGCGAGCUUGCCAAGGCUCUACCUGAGAAUGGGAACAAGGAGACGGGGCUGGAGAGAGUCAUCGACAGCGUGGCUUCAUUCAAGAAACCAGGUGUGACAGGUAGAGGGCUGUAUGAGCUCCGCCCUGAGUGGAACAGAUACUUCAACCUGUACUUCCAUCACUACAGCAGAGCUGACCAGUCAAAGGCUGAGGAAGCUCAGAGAAAGCUGAGGAGACAGAGUGGCGAGGACACAGCCCUGCCCCCUCCCCCUCCCCCCCCCCUCUGCCCUCUCUUCGGCAGCCUGGUGAACCUCCUGCAAUGUGAUGCGCUGCUCGCCAUAGAGGGCGCCGUGCUGCAGUGGGCCGUGGAGCCCAGCGGGGGGGGCUGGACUGAGUCCAUGCUACAGAGGGUGCUCCACCUGGUGGGCAUGGCUCUGCUGGAAGAGCAGCAGCAGCUGGAGAGCAGCAGCGGAGAUGAAGAUGUCACUUUCAACUACACCUGCAAGAUCACAC